AUGGAACCGCAAUUGGCCAAGAAUGAUUGGGUGCCCUUCCAGGUUGUGGUGCAUGAGCUGUCUCGCUGUAGGCGAGCAGGAAUCGACAUUUCACAAUGGGUCAAAUGGUUUGCUUAUGAUACGGUUUCGCACAUGGCGUUUGGCCAAAACAUUGGAUUUGUCGAACAAGGAAAAGAUGUAGAAGGCCUCAUCCAAGCCUUCCAUGAUAUGGCGCCAAUGGCUGGCCUCGUCGCUGCACUCCCUCACAUUGUCAAUCCUUUGCUGGAAUCCUGGUUGACGGACUGGUAUUUCAUGCCUACGCCUGGAGAUGGAUCAGGAACUGGUAAGAUCAUGCAGUAUCGCGACAACAUGCUCAAAAACCGACUGGCCCAUCGCCAUGCCAAAUCUCACGGUGACUUUCUUGACAAUAUCAUGAAUGCCAAAAACACCGAUGAUGGCUACAUGAGCACCGAGGGGAUCAAGGUCGAGGCUUUGGUACUCAUGGUAGCUGCCUCGGAUACCAGUGCUGCAUUCAUCGGUCCAUUUAUCAACAAUAUCAUUCAGAACAAGCACAUCUACUCUAGACUUCGACAAGAGAUCCAGCAGUUUGAAUCAUCCGGUCAGCUGGCUGCGGGAGUGGUGACAUACGAGCAAACACAAAACCUCCCAUACUUCAUUGCCUGUAUCAAAGAAUCACUCCGAUACUCUCCAUCCAUACCAUUCAUAAUGCCUCGCGUGGUGUCCAAGGGUGGUAUAGAGAUCAAUGGUGUCUAUGUCCCGGAGGGCACUGAGAUCGGUGCUAAUCCGUAUGUUGUACACCGCAACAAAGAGGUCUUUGGAGAAGACGCGUUUAUCUUCAAUCCUGAUCGAUGGCUUGAAAUUGAAGAGCGCACAAGAGAGAUGGAUAAGUACAUUCUCAGCUGGGGAUAUGGACCUCGCAUCUGUCUUGGGAAGAACAUUGCACAGACGAUGACGCAGAAGCUGUGCCUUGAGAUCCCUGUCGCGGGCAUCGGGAUUGAAGCCUGUCUCGGCGAUAUACUCGGGAACGCGGCGUUAAUGGGCUUAACGGGAUCAAGUUCUUUGUUCUGGAUUAGUAUACACGCUCUAGAUCAGGAGUUCUGGGUUGAUGGUUAUCUUAAAUAG